AUGGCCAGGACCUCGCUUCUGCUUCUGGCCGCUCUCAGCGUCUUCUUCUCCCAUGCCUACGCCAUCCACACGCUCGACGGAGCAAGGCCCGACAAGGCUGCCAGCGACGGCGUUGACACCAAGGUCUACAUCGUGUUCACGGAGAGGCAGCCGGCGGCGGCGGAGCUGUCGGAGCUGCACGCCGGCGCGUCAGUAGCGUCGUUCCAUCACGACCUGCUAAGCGACGUGCUAGACGGCAGUUCCAGUGCGCCAGACAGAGUCGUCUACCACUACUCGAGGAGUCUGCACGGCUUCGCGGCUAGGCUCACCGAGGAGGAGAAGAACAAGCUCGCCGGCAAGGAUGGCGUUCUGUCCAUCCACGAGAAGGUGGUGUACAGGCCUCAGACGACGAGGUCAUGGGACUUCCUGGGCUUGCCGCAGCAGAACGAUCCAACGAGGCUGCCGUUCGAGAACGACGUCAUCAUCGGCAUGAUCGACACCGGCAUCUGGCCGGAGUCCGACUCCUUCAGCGACGAGGGACUCCCGCCGCCGCCCGCCAAGUGGAAGGGCGUCUGCUCCAAGAACUUCACCUCCUGCAACAACAAAAUCAUCGGAGCACGGGCGUACAAGGACGGCAACACGACCUGGUCGCCGCUAGACUUGGAGGGCCACGGCACGCACACGGCUUCGACGGCCGCGGGCCGUGCGGUGCCAGGCGCGAGCCUGGGGGGCCUCGCCGCCGGCACCGCCCGCGGCGCGGUGCCUGGCGCGAGGCUGGCCAUCUACAAGGUGUGCUGGGAUGACGGGUGCUCGUCGGAGGACAUACUAGCCGCGUUCGACGACGCCAUCGCCGACGGCGUUGACGUGCUCUCGGUGUCCCUGGGCGGCAUGAUUGCAGUCGAUUACUCCUCCGACUAUCUGGCCAUCGGCGCUUUCCACGCCAUGAGGCACGGUAUCGUCACCUCCGUCUCCGGCGGCAACGACGGGCCAGGGCUGGGCACUAUCAGCAACGUCUCGCCGUGGACGAUCUCCAACACGAUCGUCGUCGCGGCUACCAGCACCGACCGCAAGAUCAUCAGUGAGCUCGUCCUCGGCAACGGCAAGCGCAUCGUGGGGAACGCCAUCACCGUCUUCCCUAACCUCGGGAAGCGGUCACUCCUCGUGGACCCCGGCAAGUGCGGCGAGGAGGAGCUGGGCGGCAAACGGUACAAGGGAGCGGUCCUCCUGUGCGGCGAUAGGGCCACUGAGCGCGCCAUCCACGGAUCGGGCGCCGACGGGGCCAUCGUGGCCAGCCUCGACGGCGACAAUGACGACAUCGCCUUCUCGUACGCCGUCCCCACCAUACUCGUCCCGGAGAAGCAGUACGACUAUAUCCUCGCCUACUACAAUAGCACCAAAACAAGGCUUCCCAUGGCCACCGUGAUGAACAGCGCGACGGUGAUGGAUGCGGCGGCGCCGAGCGUUGCGAGCUUCUCGUCUCGCGGCCCGAAUCGGAUCACAUUUGGCAUCCUCAAGCCGGACAUAAGCGCUCCGGGAGUUGACAUCCUGGCGGCGUGGUCGGGGCAGGCGUCGGUGUCUGGCGCCGAGAUCGACGGCCGGCGAGUCCCGUACAACAUCAUCUCGGGCACGUCCAUGGCGUGCCCACACGUCAGCGGCGUCGCGGCGUACGUCAAGUCCGUCCACCCGGACUGGUCCCCCGCCGCCGUCAUGUCCGCGCUCGUCACCACGGCGACUCCGGUGACCUCCGGUGCGCCGGAGGCCGAGCUCGCGUACGGCGCCGGGCAGGUGAACCCGCUCCGCGCUCGGUACCCAGGGCUCGUGUAUGACGCCUCCGAGGGCGACUACAUCGGCUUCCUCUGCGCACAGGGCUACAACAAGACCCAGCUGGCGACCAUGACUGGCAAGGCUGGCACCAAGUGCCCAGCAGACACGGGCGCCGUCGGCGACCUCAACUACCCCUCCAUCGCCGUGCCCGUCCUCAACUACGGCGUGGGCUUCGCCGCGGAGUUCCCCCGGACGGUGACCAACGUCGGGCCGACCGACUCGGUGUACCACGCCAAGGUUACCUCGGCGCCGGGUAUCAAGGUCACCGUCACUCCCGACGAGUUGGCGUUCAGCGCGGACAACAAGACGCUGAGCUUCACGGUACGGGUCUCCGGCUCGCUGGCGCCGGUGAACAGCACCCUGGGCGCAUCGGCGUCCGUCGUUUGGUCCGACGGGAGGCACGAAGUGAGGAGCCCCAUAUACGUGUUCGUUCACAAACACGUUAUGUGA